GAUUAAUUAUUAUGGCAGUCAGUAAUUAACGAGACUCGCAACUGUUGACAAGUUAUUGGUUAAAAAAGAGUUUCCUUCAUCUUUUUUUCGCAAAAAUACUAAUAGUUUUCUAAUUUAAAAAAAUGAAAUUGAAAAUAUUCUCUUUAUUUGUGCUAAUGUUCUUCAUUGCAUUUAUGAACCAAGCUGAUGGAGAAAGAAAUUGUGUAGUUGGAAAGAGCUUUUACGAUGGUUGUAAUACAUGUAUCUGUGGAAAGGGAAAUAUUCAUAUAUGCACUGAAAUGGCUUGUGGAGAAAUAGAUCCAGUGACUAAUGUAAUGAAAGAACACGAACCUCUUCCACCUCCAGAGGAUUUUUAUGAGCCUUGAAAUUUAUUUAUUUUGUCAAAAUCAAUUGCCAAAAAAGGCAAUUUGAAAAUGUCAAAUAUAUUAACCGGCCUUGGAUUGUAAAACUUUUUCGACUGUGUUAAAAAAAUUCAUCUUUUUUCGAUUUAUUUUAUUAGAAUUCGAGUUUUUCCAAUUUUUUUCCAUCUGCUGUAAAUAUAACAAAAUAAAAAUUUUCUGAGUGUC